AUGGCUUCCGUGAGAACCGCCAUCCCAUUUUGGAUUCUCAGCUUGCUUCUUCUGCUGUUUAUUUCCAUGGCAGCCAGAGAGUUCACGGUUGGAGGCAACAAAUGUUCAUGGGCAGUUCCAAUAUCGCCUGCAGGGUCCCUCCAAAAGUGGCCUCACAGCCGCCGAUUCUUUGUCGGCGAUUUUCUCAUCUUUGAGUAUGAUCCCAAGGUUCACUCGGUUCUGCGAGUGACAAAGGAAGACUAUGAGAGUUGCAAUGGAAGAAAUCCAAUUCAAAAAUACGACGAUGGCAGGCCUAAGAUUGAGUUGAACCAAAAAGGAAUAUUCUAUUUCAUCGGUGGUGCCGAGGGGUUCUGUGAGAAUGGCCAGAAGCUAGCUGUGGUCGCCAGCUCUCAGAGCUUCAGGCGGUUAGGAGCUUGGAGUUGGUUUGGAAAAAUCAUAACCGAAAUCCCAUAA